GUCUCUUGUUUUGGAAGCUGGUAAGCAUGUCUGGUAACGAGACGUCGUAAAAGGUCAACCGGAAUAAAUCCAUAUGGCUUUCUGCGAUCCUGCCUGCAUUUGUAUGCUGAAAAGAACAUGAAGCAGGUGGAUAUUAUAAAUAAGGAAGAAUUAGAUAAAGAAAGAUUUCAAGUCCAUUACGGAGUACAAAGCCCAGGCAAAGCGAAGCGAUUGUCAUCUUGCAAAAGGAAGGGUUACCCAUUGGUGGAGGUGGGCUUGAAGCUGCACCGCAGAACAUCAGAUGUAGGCCGUGUCUGUGAGCCUGGCAUGGCCAACAAAGAAAAUGAGCUGACGUGCUCCGAAGAUGUGCGGGGCAUGCACUACAAUGACAACUGCGGGCUCCCUAUGAACUCUGCAGAGGCAUCCAAGAUGGCAGGGGCCAGCUCCAAGUACAGUGACUUAACUGAGUUAUCAAAGGACCAUGAAGCUAUGACUCGCAUCCUUUUUGGAAGGAACCUACGACUAAAAGUAGCCCAAACACUAUGGCAAAAAACUCCUAGUGAAUUAGUGGCCUACCUGAUAAGAAUUGAAGACACAGGGGUGCUGCUUGACUGCUUACCCGUCUUAACAAACAACCUUAAAACUGAAGCACCAUGUUUGUCACUUGGCUGCUGCGUUGACCUCAUGCCCCAAGUGAAAGGAAUUCUUGCCAGUAAAUAUGAAGAAAACAUAAUGGUGGGUUUACACUGGGUUCAGUCCGUCAUCAGGAAAUGGUGGCCAGAACUUUCUAAGAAUGAGAAAAGACUGCGGGACAGUUCAGAAGACAGGAAUAUUGAAAUCAUGAAGCAGCGGCUGAAGGACUUGUGGAAGGAAGGGGCCCGAUUGUGUUUGGUUCCGGGAUCUACUGGAGAACUGGCAAAGGCCAUUGAGUCUUAUCUAUCACAGCUUCCCUGACAGUUGUCGUUGUAGCACUAUGAGGAUGUGACCACUGCUGCCGGAUCAUGGCUGUGUCUUGAACUGAUAAUGACGGCAGGGAAAUGGACUGGUUCAUUCUGACACUCAUUCUGAACUUCACAAUUCAGACAACUCCCUCAGACUCUUGAGGAGGGCUGAGAGAGCCUUUCUGCAAAAACACACACAUCGCAAAUGACUGCUUCACAUUGAAGUGGACCUUCUUGUGAAGGGGCAUAUUUAGUGGACCUCCAUGAGACUGGGUGUAAUGUCGCUCUAUGAAGUGCCAAGCUCUUUGUCUCUCACUACAUUGCUCUGCCAUGGAAUGCAGAUGUUUUUGUGGAUGUAAUGAAUGCUCCGCUGUUUGUAUGUGUUUUUUGCGCCUCGGUUCUCCAGAAUCAGGAACU